AUGAAGCAAAGCUCAGUUUCUAAUCCUUCCUCAACAACAGCCAAGCAAAACAACCGGCAGCAUUCACCAAGCCAAGAAGCGCACACGAGCAUAGGACACGACAUCUGUUGUGAUCAUGAUGAUGAGGAGAUAUCCCGUCAUGUUAUCUUGUCUGACACUCUUAUCAACAACAACAAUACUGCUGCUAUGCAGCAACAAUUUCCCAUCAACAUGACCUCUACAGCAACAUCCAGGUCUCAUGAGUGUCAUGGUCAUCACAGUCAUUACCAACAAACAACACUACAAGAACGACACCACCAAUAUACCAAUCUGAAUCAUGACAACAACACCCUACCACACCAUUCAACCACUAACCGCCAUCAUCAUACCCUCACAACAACAACAACACUUUCUUCUUGUCAUGAUUUCAACAAUAACUUUAACCACUAUAAUGUCUCAUCGGAUGAUAAAAACAUCUCUUCUUCCUUCCUCUCACUACUGCCCCACAAUAUUCUCACUACUACCACAACGACUACUACAACUCACUCUUGUCUGAGCAGACACUCCCAUCACUCUACUUUUAGAUUCUUCUUUUUCCUUGUACUAUUUCUAAUUUCUCUAAAUUGUCUAUUCUCAAUAGACACUCAUCGAUGUGAGUUAUUGGGAUUCUUCAGGGCAUCAGAAGGAUCAUCAAGAAUAAUUCUUUCAUGGCCUCAUUCUCAAUCGAUCAUGAUGAUGAUGGUACAUGCACAAGAAGUGAUGAAUUCUCAUGAGAUACCUCCUCAACAUUGGAAUCAUCCUUCAUUAUCAUCACCGUCGUCAUCAUGUUUAAAUGAUUGUAUGAACGAACCAUUACAUCAUGAUGAUGACAAGGAUGACAAGAUUCAACCACCUGUGGACAUGGUCCAUUCUUCUCGUUCGAGUCUUGUUCAAGAUGCGACAGCCAAUAACAAGUGUUAUGGUAAAGAACCCACAGAACCAGAUGUAUGUAGUGGACAUGGUACAUGUGUGGCUCAGAACACAUGUGUCUGUACGGAUGGUUAUACUGGACAAAAAUGUCAAUUUCCUCCCGAUGAUCCAGAUGCUAACAAGUGUUUUGGAAUUGAAUCGAAUGAUACUGCCAAUGUGUGUAAUGGACAUGGUCAAUGCAUUGCCAAGAAUACAUGUCAAUGUAAUGCCAAUUAUACUGGUCAGCAAUGUCAAGACUUGAUGACUGAUCCUGAGGCUCAAAAAUGUUUUGGAAUUCCUGCCAAUGAUACUCUCAAUGUGUGCAGUGGAAAUGGACAAUGUGUCGCAAAGAAUACUUGUGAGUGUUAUUCCAAUUAUGAGGGACAACAAUGUCAAUUCUAUCAUGACCCUGAUGCUAACAAGUGUUUUGGUAUUGAAUCGAAUGAUACUGCCAAUGUAUGUAAUGGACAUGGUCAAUGUAUUGCCAAAAAUACAUGUCAAUGCAAUGCCAAUUACACUGGUCAGCAAUGUCAAUUCUAUCAUGACCCUGAUGCUAACAAGUGUUUCGGUAUUGAAUCGAAUGAUACUGUUCAUGUCUGUAAUGGAAAUGGACAAUGCAUUGCCAAAAAUACUUGUCAAUGUUAUCCCAAUUAUGAAGGUCAACAAUGUCAAUUCUAUCAUGAUGAUCCAGAAGAUACUCACAAAUGUUUUGGUAUUUCUGCCAAUGAUACUCUCAAUGUAUGCAAUGGACAUGGAAUUUGUCUCUCUAAAAACACUUGUCAAUGUCAUGUUGGAUUUUAUGGUCAACAAUGUCAAUUUGCGUUUACAUGUUUUGGUGAAACUCAUUUGAAUGGUAAAGCAUGUUCCAAUUUACAAGGAAAUUGUACCAAUGAUAAUGUGUGUGUCUGUAAGAGUGGUUAUACGGGUUAUGAUUGUGGAGUGGUAUUGAUCAAUUCUUCAAGGAUUCAAAUCACGACAUUGGCUCAAAAUAUUCUCAACACUUCAUCCUCUUUGAAUUCAACAUGGAUUUCCAUUCAUGUGAAUGAUGAGAAUUCUCAUUUCAAUACAUAUUAUGAUCAGAAAAGUGGUAGGAUGGAUCGAUUGAAAUAUCACUUUCGAUUGAUUCAAAUGAAAAAUUCAACAAGUGUGAUGGAAGAAGAAUUGAAUGCACAUUCACCUUCUCCUUUAACAACAACAUCAACAUUAUCAACACCAACAACAACAACACCAACACCAACAACAUCAACACCACCACUAUUAACCAUUAUUGAAUUUAAUUUGACUCAUUCCACAUUUAAUUUACUCUCAGUCCUAUUGAAUCAUUCCAUCCAGGAAUUACCACUUGGUACCUAUGCAUUACAUGUCUCGAUCAUGGAUUCGAAAUAUGAUUUGGAAUGUGGAUCACAUAUUCAAAAUAAUCUUUUCACACUCAUUUCCAUUCAACAAGUAGUAUUGUCCAUCAAUCAGAAACAACAACAAGAAUUCAUUUCCAAACUUUCCAUUCGAGACAUUUAUGAAAUGACCCAACACGUAUUGAAUCAAGAACAUGAACAUGAACAACAACAACAACCAUACACCACGAAUGAAAAGACUCUUCUCGUGAGUGCCAUUACUCAAUCAUUACACAAUCGUUCGAAAAGUGCUUCAAUCGAGGAAGGUAUUGAAAUGACCAAGACGUUAAGGACCAUGACACAGAGUGAACAUUCCGAGUACAUGACCUCUCAAUCGAAAUAUACCGUUCAUGAAACUCUUAAUACGUAUUCCAAUGCUUUAUUACAAGAUUUGAUGGUGGUUAGGAAUGUUCAUCAACAACAACAACCUGAGAUUCAUUCCAUUGCAUUGAAUAUCAUUGAAACUGCUUCGAAUUUGGUUCAAUUAAUGAAACAAGAAAAGAAUCAAUCAACAUCAUUAACAUCAACAACAACACCACCAUCAACACCACCCCUAUUAACUACGAGUCAAAUUGCCACCUCUGUUGAAAAUUCAUUAUCAUUACUAACAUUGGCCAAUAUCAAUACCACAACAACAACAACAUUGAGUGGUACAUCAUCCAUCUUGAGAGUGAAUUCUCAACAUUUUCAAGUCAUGAUUGUCUUGCAACAUAAUGCCACAAAUGUCACAAAAGAUUAUCGAGUAGUCGAUCCUCAUCAUGAUAACCUCAAUCAUGAUACCAAUUCUUAUUAUUCUCUUUCAUUACCCACAUUACAACAAGAACCUUCUCUUUCUCAAUUAUCCUUUGGUGUCAUCAAGUAUGAUCAUACUGAAUACUCGAAUAUUUCAAGUCAUGUUCAAUCUCAUCAUCAUCAUGAUACAUGGAAUAUCUAUCAAUCUCAUCAUGAUUUAUGGAAUAUCUAUCAAUCUCAUCAUGAUACAUGGAAUUAUUAUCAAUCUUUCAUUCCAAUGACACAAAUUUUACAACUGAGACCACUCUCUCAACAUGAUGGAUCGUAUUCACCACUCACUCAUUUAUCAACACCCUUUAAUUUAACUUUUUAUAUUGAAAAAAGAAAUGAAACAUGGCAUGAAGGAGGAUACUUGUUGAAACCAAUCUAUUCAUGUAAAUAUUAUAAUGAAACGUUUAUGAAAUGGCAAAGUGAUGGAUGUCAUAUGACAACCAUCGAUACACGACUCAAUUCAUCCACAAUCACAUGUUCAUGUCAUCAUACCACUCGAUUCUCUGCAUUUGUGGAAUAUGUGAACAUUCCAUUACAAGAACGACCCAUUCAAUCGAGUCUUGCCAUUGCACACAUGAUAUUCAGUUCUAUAUUUGUAUGCAUGAUGGUGAUCAUUUUGAUCCUAUUGAUGGUGUUGAGAAAAUCUCAACCUGUGAAAUCUCGUUUUAUUACUCCUUAUUUGGCAUUAAUUUCAUUAUUGGUUGAGAAUGUAUUUAUUGGAAUUAUUUCAAAGAGUAUUUUAUUAGCAUCCAAUGAUCGUACGAGUGCUAUGAAUACUAUGAAUACUACAACAAGUACCAUUCUAUUGACACAUAUUUGUGCCAUGAUUGCAACUUCAUUUCGUGCCAUUGCUAUUUGGUGUUAUUUGAUCAUGUCCAUUCGAUUUAUUAUUCAUCGAUAUUUUUAUGAAUGGAUGAUGCACGUUUCUUCUUCAUUGAGUCAUGUUCAUAAUGUUCACCAUUCUGAUCAUCAUUCUUCAACCCAUGUGAAUAUUAUUAGGAAUAGUCAUGGUAAUAAUAAUAAUAACAACAAUCCAAGUAGUGCAUCUCAUCAUGAUGGUCAUCAUCAGAAUGGUAAGAAUCUCAGUUUCAAUCUCAUUCGAUAUUUCAUUGUAUUGAAGAAACAACGUGUUUUGGUCGUGUCAAGUAUUGCCAUUGGUGUGUUCAUUGCACUCUACUUUAUGAUUUUUAUCAUUCUAAGAUCAUCAUUUGUUGGUGGUACUGAGAACAACAACAACAUGAAUGGUGGUGGUGGUCCUAUGGUGGUUACAACAACAACAACCAUUCUCACAGAUACUCAAUUCACACUCUCUACCACCAUUUCUCUCUUCAUUUUCAUGCUCGUCAUGACUGCCAUCAUUAUUGCAGUGUAUGGUUUGGAUUUUUAUUUAGAUCGACAUUGUCGACAAUUGAGAGAUGAAUGGGUGGAUAUUUCUGAAGAAUUGAACGAAGUUGAACGUUUAUUAUUGAAUGAGGAUACGACUAGUAAUCUGGAUAAGACAACAAUUGCCUCUCCAAUGGUAUCGUCAUCAUCAUCAACCAACUCCUCUCCUCCUCUUGUUGCUUUGAGUCGUCAUGGUCGUAGUGGUGCUGAAGAGGAAGUUACAUUGACUUCAACGACUGGAAUAAGUACUACGACAGUCGCUACUACUACAACAACAACCACAACCACAACGGUUACAACGAGUCUUACCGAAAAAAAGGCUCAACCACCACAUGGUCGUUCUCAGCACCAAGUCGUGCUAGCCUCACUUCUCAACCAACACAAAGUUCAGAAAGUAUUCCAUGUCUUAUUUUCAAAUGACAAACUCAUGUUCAGACCUGAAGCCAUCUUCUUCUUAGCAGGAAUGUUAUUCUUUGUGAUUUCUUAUGGUUUAGGAUUUGCUACAGUGAGUACACGAUAUUUGAGUGUUCAUGAACAGAGUUCAGCAACAACAACAACCUCGGCAACAACAACAUUUACUGACUUGCUCGAUGCCAUUGGCUUUAUCUUUGAAGUAUUAAUGACAUUGUGCUUUAUGAUUGGUUUUGGAGGCUUCUCUGUCGUGUGGGCUCUCAUCACUGAAUAUAGAAAGAAAAAGGCUUGUCCCUCUUCUUCCUCAUCAGCAAGCUACUCGACGACUACAACCACCACAGCAGUAAGAAGAAAUAACAAUGAUUUGGAGGCACUUGCUGAGCAAUUUGAUGUGUAUAAUCUCUUAAAGAACAAGCACCUCAUCAAACUCUUUCGUCAAUUUGCCAAACUCGAAAUGUCCUUAGAGAAUUACAUGUUAUGGAUGAGAAUUGAGAAUACCAAACAUCAAUUUCAGUACUUGUGGACCUCCAAUGGCCUCACAAACAGCAACAAUAAUGAGGACGCAUCUUCAAUCUCUACUAGUAACAGAAAUAGUAUGGAUCGAAAUGAUGAAGCAUGGACCAGCCUAAUUCAAGAAUUGAAUCGAUGGCAACAUCAACACUUGAAUCAGGACUCUGAAAUGGCUGUUAAUAUUAGCUCUCUCGCGAGAAGACAGUUUUUAACUGCAUACAAAUUAUUGGAAACCAAGUUAUUGAAUGUCAUCAAUCAUGAUGAUACAUUGAGUAGAGAGGAUAUGAUGAAUUUGAGACAAGCCAUCCGUGAAGGUAUUGACGCCUUAAAUAAUGAUGUCAUUUACAAUUUGAUGGACACCUAUUCGAGAUUUGUCAUUACUGACGAGUAUAAGACGUUAAAAGAAGUUGAAAAAUCUUCAAAAGAAGUCAUGACAUUCCAACUUUUUAAUGAGUAA